GUAUGACUCGAUCCAUGACUACAGCAUCGAUGGUAUUGGAGAACUUGCAGAAAGAGUUGGGAUCCUUGGAGCUCGCGGGUGCCGAUCCGGGUGUUGAUGAGGAUGCCAAGCUGACAAUCGGCGAAGCAGUCCAGCUGAUCGCCAAUGGCACAGUCAUCGGAGCAGUAGCAGAGGACAUGCUCAAGAAGCUGAAGACAGGUGGUGUCCGAUCUGGGAUCCCCAGGAGAUACGUGGUUACCUACGAGUUAUAUGGCUUGCUGACAAACAAGGUUAGGGAUGUCCUCGAUCAGAUGGAUGAAAUUUCUCAGACGGAGGUAGAACAAGCAGACCUCGCAGUGAAGAUGCAGGCUGCUGGCAACAUCGAUGCUUCUUCCAUUGCGAGAGCUGUUGGCAGGGAGGACGAUGAGGACUUCAUCACAAAACUGAAAGCUGCGGACACCGUGGACACCGCCCCCGACCCCGACGAGAGCGAGAUGGACCAGCAAGAGCAGAUCGUGGGCGAGAUGGACAAACUUCUGACUAGAGAGGAGCUGAAGAAUCUAUUGACAGAUGUCAUAUCCGGCUUGGAUCGUUUUCGCUGGCAAGACCUGGCAAACGAUUUGAAGAAGUGGUGCACAACAGGAGAGACCUCCGACAACGUGGUGCGUCGCCUCCUAGAAGACACAGUUGAGCUGCAGCGGGAAGCUGUGAGCGUCUUGGCUCUCUCCAAGAUACUCGCGGAGGAGACCCUGAGCUCCCGAAUUCUACUUGCAGCGAGGGCGCUCGCGGAUUUCAACGAUGCUGUCGACAGGGAGAUGGGCUUGAUGCUGGAGCGCUUUGGGAUCGACCCCGCGCUGAUUUCAAGGACGUACACACACUCUGCAAGCCUGCUCGAUGCUUUCGCUUCCAAGAAGAGCUUAAGCAGUUUAGACCGUGAGGAGGAGACGGACUCAGGGCUUGCGGACUCGCAGCCGUUUGCCACAACUGCUAACCUGUCCGACAUGGAGAAGGCAAUGGUUAAGCAGCGCGAUCAUCAACGGAGGGUACACAAGAAGGUCAAAGGAGAUCUCACAGCUUUGAUGCAGGAGCAUCGUCGGAAAGUUGAGCUGAACAGUGCGUAUGCUGUGCUUUGCAGGUAUGACCAUUUGAUGAUGACCACGAUGCGGGACGAGCGCAGGGGCAAAGGGGGACAGGAGUGCUCGCCUGAGCCACCUGAAGAGUUCAGGCAGCCGACUUAUGAGUCUCAAGAGUUGGAAGUGGAUGAGCUGGAAACUCCACCCGACAUGCCACCGGAGGAGGACGCCGCUGAAAAUGUCGCAUCCAAACCGGCUCCUGCUCUGCCGGGUCGGCUUCCAAAAGGCAAGGCUAGCGCAGCUAGCGCCUCCCAAGGAG